AGGAAUACAUUCUGUUGCCUGUCAAUGUUACGAUCUUUAGAGAUUCGCUCUGACCUUCGACAUGUUCUAAACGUCAACAGCCUGAAGGGUUUGCGCGGAAUCCAAAGAUGACUUCAGCUACCAGCUUGCUGUUUUUUGCGAUCCAUUUUGCCUGUAUCAGAGCUGGAAAUUCCUUUGAGACAUUUGUCAAACUGGAGUGUAAAACAGAAUACCAUGGGGUUUAUGGUCAGCAGUCAAUUGUAGAAUGCAUUGUCAAACCAGUGGUUGAGGAUUUGACCAUCAUAACGGUGACCUGGAAGAGAGUGGGAGCUGCUGGUAAAGCUGCUGCUAAUUUGUUGGAAUACCAUAAAGAUAAAAUUAACCCAACCCCUGGGUUUAAAUUUGCUGAGCCAUCCUGGAACAAGAAGAAUAUGAAUGUGUCCUUGUUGUUGACAAAUACCAAGAUGGCCGACAAUGGGGAGUAUGAAUGCGAGGUGGAAACAGAUGUUGGGACUGCCAAAGCUACACCCAGCCUCAGUGUCACAGCUAAGUACAAAACUCCAACCAUGAGCUCCAUCCCUGACACCAACAUCCAAGAGAACACAGAUGUGACCAUUUUCUGCAACUCUACAGGCGGGCACCAGAAAGGGUUGAUCUGGUGGUUUGAUCACUCUGGCAACAAUUGGACGCGCAGUGCUGAACUGGUGGCCAAAGAGACUGACGAUGGACUGUUUAGCCUCGCCAGUAAAUUCACAGUGCUGAAGGCAACAUCCAGUUACACGAACUACACUUGCAAAGUGCUCAAUGUCAAUGGAGCCCUGGAGGGGAAGGCAUCAUUUGAGAUCCAGUUUGUGUCCCGAAACUUAGGUAGUAAAGCUGACAACUUGGAUUCUGUGUCCAACACCAAGUGGCUUGCCCCGGUUGUAGUCAUAGGAUCUCUGAUCAUUGGACUCCUUGCUUCGCUGCUGUUUUUUAAGAAGCGCUCCGCCCAACGUGGCCACCAAACAGAUACCAGGCAUGAUGAAGAUGUUGAAGCAAAAGGUCUAAACAGUGACAGUCCACAGGACCAGCAUUCCAGUCUCUAGUAACUGAUUAGUUAACUGGCAGUCUCUGGAAGGGACUGUUUCCUUGACAAUCAAUAAGGGGCUUGUCACCAUCACUAUCGUUUGAUGGACUGUUUCCUGUUAAGUGUCCGAUGACAGUCACUUUGGCACUCAGGUCAUUCUGAUUGAGGCAUUUGUUUCUUCUUAAUCUACUGAUAAUACCAGCCUUUAAGCACUGUGGUUGAUGACUGUGGUUGAUGAGUUUAAAAGCCUAACAUGAACGGUUCUAUACAGCAAUGUUUUUUUCAUGACUGAGCAAAUUUCAGGUCUGCUGAGCGCAAACUUGAACGUUGCAAAAAUUCUGUGCAACCUCUGGCGAGCGUUUACUGUGAACACUGAGGCUGUACCCGUUUUAAGUUAGUUUUAACAGUGGUCAAGUAGGCUAGUGUG